CCGAUUGCAUGUACCGUUAUUCAGUCUCGUUUAUAGAGGCAAUGCCAGUUAGUGACACUCACCGUUGAUUCGGUGACGAUACUGUGUCUUAUACGAUUACACAGGGAAAAAAAAAACUCAAAUACCGAACAUUAGAUCGCUAGAACUGGUUUCACGCUCGUUUAGCAUAUGAAGUAGGACUGGGCGGAAUUUGGACGUAAAUUGAUCAACGGCGAUAAAAGUUAAUCUCCAGAUUGCUUCUUCCCUCGUCGAAUCUUAGAAAAUUAUUGCCAUCCAUCAAUCCAUUCUUCACGAUGCACCCCGCCGGUAACAGAUGCGUUACGACUCUCAGUUUCAAUGAAAAUUCUCGUUGACGAACAGAUAUUGUCCGUGACGAAUUAAAUUUUACGUCAAAAAAAGCGAAAUUAAAAUAUUGAAAAGAGAUUCGCUAGCCACAAACAGGUGUUACAGGUCGAUGUACGGACGGUAGCGUUCAAAACUCGUAAAAGAUUAAUAAGUGAAGGUGCAUCGCACAGGAAGUGCGGGGACCUCGGCGGAGGCACUAGAGGUGUGUAAGUCGGACCUGAAGAUCGUUUUUAAGAAAAUAGAGAGGGGAGUCAUUGACCGUUAUAAAGUGUACUCGCCGGAUUCUAAAUAACCCGGUCUCGUACCACAGUGAUGAUCUCAAUGAACCCAGCAUCGCCAGGCAAGGCCACGGUGUAAUAUUUUCGCGAAGACAAAAAAAUUGAAGAUAUAAAACUGCAAGGAUGAGUACGGCCGUAGCGGGAUUACCGGUCGCCUUGGGGGGUGCGUUAAGUUCUGCAGCGGGGAACAUCGCAUGGUUCUUUCCCGUUUUGGCUGCAGCAAUUGCGUAUUUUCAAUAUGAAGUUAUGGACCCGGAAUCCAGGCCGAUUGAUGUACCGUCGGAACUUCUUCUGCCAGCUUAUGAUUUCAUUGUUGUAGGAGCAGGGUCGGCUGGAGCGGUUGUAGCCAAUCGUCUUUCAGAGGUAGAAAAAUGGAACGUUUUGGUACUCGAAGCCGGUGGUGACGAAACCGAAAUUUCUGACGUUCCGGUACUCGCUGGUUACCUGCAACUCAGCCAGUUAGAUUGGAAAUACAAAACGGAGCCACAAGGAGACGCGUGUUUAGCGAUGCAAAACGGUCGGUGUAAUUGGCCACGUGGAAAAGUAAUCGGAGGUAGCAGCGUCUUGAACUACAUGUUGUAUCUUCGCGGGAACAAAAAAGACUACGACUUGUGGGAAGCUCAGGGUAACCCUGGUUGGGCUUCGGACCAGGCUCUCUACUACUUCAAAAAAUCAGAGGAUAACUUGAAUCCAUAUUUAGCACGAACGCCUUAUCAUUCGACCGGAGGAUACCUUACCGUUCAAGAGGCACCGUGGCACACUCCAUUGGCAGCGGCAUUCGUCCAGGCAGGUCAAGAAAUGGGAUACGCGAAUCGUGAUAUUAACGGAGCACAUCAAACUGGAUUCAUGAUCGCUCAAGGUACGAUAAGACGUGGGAGUCGGUGUUCGACUGGCAAGGCUUUUCUGAGACCGGCGAGACUCAGAAAGAAUUUGAACGUUGCGAUGAACUCGCACGUCACAAGGGUGCUCAUAGAUCCGACAACGAAGAGGACUUACGGCGUGGAAUUCGUCAGAGAUGGGAAAUUACAUCGUAUCAGGGCCAACAAGGAAGUGAUCGUUUCCGGCGGCGCUGUGAAUUCCCCUCAGAUAUUGAUGCUCUCGGGUCUUGGGCCCAGGGAGGAUUUAUCGCGGCUCAAUAUUCCGGUUAUACAAGAUCUCAAGGUCGGUUACAAUCUGCAGGAUCAUGUGGGGCUUGGAGGUUUAACGUUUAUGGUGAACCAGGAGAUUUCCAUGGUGGAAAACAGGCUUCACAGUGUCCCGGCAGUCAUGCAAUACGCUGUCUUUGGUGACGGACCGUUAACGGUCCUCGGAGGAGUCGAAGGUCUCGCCUUCGUCAAUACAAAGUAUUCGAAUGCUUCGGAUGAUUUUCCAGAUAUUGAAUUACACUUCAUUUCUGGAUCAACGAACUCCGAUGGCGGUAGACAAAUUCGCAAGGCUCAUGGUUUGACGGAAAAGUUUUACGACGCGGUUUUCGGACAGAUCAGUAACAAAGAUGUGUGGAGCGUAAUACCGAUGCUACUACGCCCAAAAAGCAAGGGGGUCAUUAAACUUCGGAGUAAAAAUCCGUUCGACUACCCACUGAUUUAUCCAAACUAUUUCAAGGAUCCAUUCGACAUGGCCACCCUGGUGGAAGGCGUUAAAAUUUCUGUUGCUCUCAGCAGAACGAAGUCCUUCCAACGUUUUGGUAGCGAACUCAAUCCGAUACCGUUCCCUGGAUGUAAACAUAUAGAAAUAUACACGGACGCUUACUGGGAAUGUAUGAUCAGAUAUUACUCAGUGACAAUUUACCACCCGGUCGGAACUUGCAAAAUGGGACCCUAUUGGGAUCCUGAAGCAGUCGUGGAUCCACAACUACGUGUCUAUGGUGUUACCGGUUUGAGAGUGGUCGAUGCAUCCGUUAUGCCAUCACUUGUUAGUGGAAACACUAACGCGCCCACUAUCAUGAUUGGUGAAAAAGCCUCAGACAUGAUCAAAGCGUUCUGGCAACGGAAAAAAACUUAGAAUCUUUUCAGUAUAAGAAACAAAGAAUGGAAGAAAUCGCCCUCGAUUGAUUUUAUAUGGUCAUCGGAGUCAUUGUGGAAUUCCCAUAUUUUAUCAGGAGCCAGUAGCCGAUAAAGUUUUUGUUACGUAAUUCAAACGAGGGACGAUUGGUUGUAAUGUUCAAUAAGACAUUGUGAAGUGUAAUCUACUGAAUAUUUUUCAUUCCUAUGCCUGAAGAAGAAAUGCUGAGGGUGUUGGAUCGAAAUGAUAGCGAUUACCCAAAUAGAGCCAAAGCUCGUCAGUAAGAUGUGCAAUUUUAUAAUCACAUCCGGGUCAUCGCACGCCCGUGUAAAUAAUUAUUUAUUAUACCAUCUAGCGAAAGAAUGUUAUAAUACUAGCUUGUAUAAAUAUUGUAAUGUAAAUAGAAGACUCGAAAUGCUAUGAAUAAACCGUUCUUAUCCAACGUAA